CCUCCCUCCCCCCGCCCCUGUCCUGUGCCCUCUCCCCCUCCUCUCUCCCCUCUCCGCCCUACCUGCGCCAUUUCCCGAACGAAAGCGAUGCCUCCGUCGUCAUGACGGACAGCCUGCCCGCAACGCGGAUUGUUGUCUCGACCACGGGGUUCUCGCGGGCUGAGCGUGAGCUGCUCACACGGCGCCUGCAGCGCCUUGGGAUUGGCGUCACUCCGCACUUCAACCCCCUGGAGGCGGGGUUCCUGAUCGCCGCCGGCCCGGGCCCCGGCGAUCCGGAUGGCGGGUAUUCGCAAUCCCAGCGCCCGGGGCCGGCCGGCGCCGACGGCCCAGGCGCGGCCCCUGCCCCCGGGCCUCCGCUCAAGCUCCUGACCGCGCACCGGUGGAACAUCCCGAUCGUCACCAUUCAGUGGGUUGACCACCUGGAAAAGACCAUGGCCCUGGAGUGCAAGUCCCACAAUGUCACCCCGCCGCUGUUCGGGCCGGAGGCCACGACCGCCGACCAGAUGGCCUUCCCCCUGGCGGCCGGGCUUUCGACCCCGCCGCCGGAGCUGCUGCGCCUGCAGCGUGUGCGCCAGGCAGUGGCCCCCCGCCUGGCGGAUAUGGCCGUGGCCUCGGCCCGGCGCUUUUUGGCGCCGGCUCCCCUGCCACCGCCGGGGGCCGGGGCCAUCGAUUGGCGCAGCUCCAUCGGCCUGGUGUCUUUCGUCGCCGGGGAGGCGGCCCCCGGCCAGGGCACCGGCGCCGUGGAUGCCGGCGCGAUCCCCGGGCUCGGGGCCGACAAGGUCGCGCGGCUUGCCCGCUUCCGCCACUCGGUGGAGCGGCACAUCCGGGCCUUGGGCAGGGCCCUCCACGGGCCGGGGGCCCCGGCCGCCGGGGGGCUGGUCCAGGCGCCGGCUCUCUGCUCGGUGGACUCGACAAUCCGGCUGCUGGCCCAGCUGGACCGGGGGACCCUGGCCUCGGCGGCCGCCACCCUGGCCCGGCUCCGGGGGCACCUUUUCGAGGAGUAUGCCCGGCGCAUGGACGAGGUGAACCUCGGCCAGGCGGUGCUCUGCCCGGCGUACCUGGUGGUCCUGCACCGGCUGGACAGCCGCGACGCGGCCGGCGGCAGUCAAGCCCCCGGCAGCCCCGGCGGCCCGGGCAGCGAGGACCUUGGCCGCCUGCGCCUGCGCCGCCUGUGGGAAGCCUUCCCAUAUGCGCGGCUGGUGAGCCGCAAGUGGGCCAUCGAGCUGUGCGGCCUGCCUGUCGGGGACUUUGCCAUGCGCUUCCCGGCGGCGGUUUUCCGCGCCCUGCCGCAGCAGCUGCCCAUGUCGCUGCUGGUGGAUGACAGCCAGCACAUGCUGCGUGUUCCCCAGCCCGGCCGGGGGCCGGACCACCAGUCGUCCUCCGGCCGGACACCCGGAUCGCGCCGGGCCCGGGCCCAGCCCGUGCCCCCCUCGGUGCCAGGCUUGUCCAACUCGGCCGGCUCGCCGGUGGCCAUGCCACCGGCCAUGACGGCGGGGGGCCUGCCAUCGGCCGGGCCGCGCGUCGCCGCCCCGGCCCCGGCCCCGGCCCCGGCCCCGGCCCCGGCCCCCGCCGCCGCCGUGGCAUCCGGACCGGGGCCGGAUGCCCCGGCGGCCGGCUCCCCGGCGGCCGACAUGGCGGAUCUCCCACGCCCGGAGGCCAUUGCCCCGGCGGAUUGUGCCUUUCUCUCGGGCGACCCCGGGUCAUGGGUGCUCGGGAUGCUGGAGGGCGCGCGGGUGCUCCUGUCGGAGGGCUUUUCCUCGGCCGAGCGUAAUCUCCUGGUGCAGGGGCUGAAUGCCUCGUCGGCGGUUCGCUGCCAGGCCCCGGGCCAACGCCCGACGCACAUCCUCGUGCCGGAGGCCCGGCUGCCCGGGGCCGCGACCGCCGACGGCGGGCUCUCCUCGGGUGCGGCCGGUGCCGGGCCCUUUGGCCGGUCGGUGGUUCGCCUGUCCGACGCGGCGGUCGGGCAUCUGCUGCUGGGCCCGACCGAUGUGGAGACCCUGGCCAGUGCGCGCGAGGCGGCCGGUCUGCCGGCCGUCGGGCCGGAGGCCGGGGAGCUCUUCGACGACCUGUAUGACGCCUUCCCCCAUGGGCAGUCGGUGCUGACCGGGUCGAUGAUGCUCUCCUCCGGGGCGUCCUUCGGGUCGUUGGAGGAGCUCGCGGCUUUGGGGGCCGGUGCCGGGGGUCGGGGAUCCUUGGGCCCCGGGCGCGCGGCCGGCGCAACGGACGGCCCGGUGUGCGUGGCCCCCGGCUGGCUGGUGUGUGUCCUGCAGGGGGGCGACCCGGAUCCCGGGGACUGGAAUGACGCCUCCGGCCGGCACAUUCGUCGGUAUGGGCAUGCCGGGGCCGUGCCGCCGGCCGCUCGGGCCGCGGCCGAGGCCGCACGACGCGAGCGCGCCGAUGCCGAGGUCCAGGCGGCCGCCGCCGCCGUGAAUGCCACCGCAUCGUCUCUCAUGCUGAUGGCCGACGAGGGCCCGGCAACCCCGGGCGGCGGCGGUCCAGCCGGGCGCCUGCGCGUCCGAGCGGCGGGGUCUUCGUUGCGGGCGCGGCGUCUUCCGGCCGGGGCCCGCGGCGUGCCGACUACCCCGACGGGCGGCGCCGGGCCGGCAUCCCUGCUGGCCCCCACCUUCGACCUGGGUGCCGGGGAUUUGGGGCUCCUCUCGCGGUCGCUGCUGUCGCCCACGCCGGGGCCCGGCGAUCUGGACAUGCCGCCGGUGCCCCGGGGCGUGGGCAUGUCCCUGGGCGACCAGCCGGCGGGGGGGCCCCUGCGUGGCGUGGGCCUGGUUUUGGGCCCGCGCUUGCGCCCGGCGGCCGAUGUGCUGCGCGAGCUGGCCACCGACCUCGGGGCCACGAUCCUCCCCUCGGCCACCGCGGCCCAGGCCACGCACUACCUGCACUUUGACCUGUCGGUCUUCAAGGGGCCCGUGCGGCCGGAGGAUGUGGCACACCGGUCGGCCCUCUUUGGGCUGGUGCUGCGGGCGGCGGCCAGCGCCGCGGCGCCCGGCCCGCAGCGUGCCAGCACCGUCGCCGGGGCCAGCCCCGGCCUCACGGAGGUCGAUCUGCGCCGGGCCUGGCGCGAUCAGGAGGCCUUGGCCGAGGCCCGGCGCCGGCGCCUGACCCUGGUCCACCCCUGCUGGCUGGAGGCCUGUGAGCAGCGGGGCCGGCGCCUGGCGGACCUCUCCUUUCCGGCUGGCUUUGAUCCGCGGCAGUCGCUGUCGGGCUACGAGCCGGCCGGGGCGCUGUCGGCCGCCGGUUCGGCGGUCUCCUCCCUGCUGCUGACGCCGACAUCCUCCAAGGCGGCCACUUCGCUGUCUUCUCCCUCGGCUGCGCCGUUGCCGGCGCCCUUGACGGCCCUCGGGCACCACGACCAUUGGGAGGGGGGGCUGCUGCCUCCGACGCCACGCCUUGGGCGGUCGCGCUCGGUCGCCGGCGCCGACGAGGACCAGGACGACAUUCGCGACUCCACGCAGUACUAUGAGGAGCUUCAUCGCGAUGACAUCAUCCUCCGACCGGCCUUCGCUUCGACCCAGGAGCAGACCUUCUUCCAGGCGGCCCUUGGCCGGCCACUGAACCCGGGUCCCCAGCAUUGGGCCGGCCUUUCGAGCGCCGAGCCCCGGGGGUCGGCCUUUCCCCCGGCCACCGACACGGCCGAGGUGGAUCGGGCCCUGAAUGAGAUGCUGGCCCUGGGGCCGGAGCCUGCGGCCGGCCCGGAGGAGGACACCGCGCCGCUGGCGCUGUCGGCGCUGGUUCGGCGACAGCCGGCGGGCUCGGCCGGGCGCCGGGCGCCAUCGCACCUGGGUGCCAGCAGCGCCGGGGCGUCUCCCCCUGCCGGGGGCGGGUCCUCCGACUCGCUGGCCGGCCUGUUGGACUCGGAUUCCGACUACUCGACGCACCUGGCGGAGGAUGAUUUCGAUUUCCUCGACCCGAUCCCCUCGUCGCAGUUUGCCUUCACCCAGGCGGUGUCGCGAUCGGGCCCGGCCAGCGGCCACCACGGCUCAUCCUCCUCCCUGGCUCCGACACCGGCGGCUCGAGGGAAUGGCCAUGCGGAGCACUCCCCCGGCGGGCAUGCGUACCAGUCGCCGGCGGCCGGGCCGGGCGGAGCCCUGCAACAGGUGUCCUACGACGACACCAUGGCCAAGCUCCGUGCUCGUUCUCUCAUCAAAGACCUGCCGCGGUACUUUUACUGUAGCUCCUCCCUUAGCAGCGCUGCCAAAGGCGAUCUCCGCAAAAUGAUCCAGCAACUUGGCGGAAACGACGCCAUCGAGCCGAUCGGCGCGCGUCGCGACCCAAGAGCCUCCCUCUCCGACAGCCCCUUUGGCCGAUGCACACAUAUGAUUGUCAACAGCUUCGUGGCCAGCGAGCGCUUCCUGCGCGCCAUCGCCGGGGGGAGCUGGUUCCUCCCGCCAGCCUAUGUGGCUGAUAGCUUCGCGUCGAAUGUCUUUUUGGAGGAGUCGGCAUACGACCUGGCCGGCGAGGCCGAGGCCGAGGCCGACACCGGCGAUGGUCCGCAACUGGCCACAGCCGAUGACCCCUCGUCGGGGCUCAUGGGUCUGCCCAAAUUGACUGGCAUCACAAAUACCGAUCGGCUGAUUGCCCUGUCCAGCCGGUAUUGGCGUCUGCGCUUGACCGUGGUCCGGCAGGUGUGGCAAACGGUGAUCAAGUCGCCUGAGCUGACCGGCAGCGCCGGCUUCCAGGCCUUCCUGCGGGGCCUGGUGCCGGAGCCCUUCCGUGACCGGACCCCCGUGCAUGGGGCCUUCACCACCUGGAGGGUGCACAUCUGGCGCAAGCGCACCGUCCCAACAUGGACACGCGUCGAGGGAGUAGCAAGGCUGCUACAAGCCGGCGGUGCCUUCUCCGUGGCUGUGCUCGACAGUGAGCACAUCGCCAAGUUGAAUGGCGGCAGCGCGACUUUGGUCGACUGUGAUGGCCAACCUUUGGAUGCCACCCCUCCGACCCAUGUGUUCUUGGACUUUGCCCCCUCGCUCGAGGAGUACACGUCCCUGCUGAAUCACUACCAGCGGCACUUUGCCAACAUGGCUGCCAGCUGGCACAGCCUGCUGCUUUUUUUGCACCUUAUCGACCGUCUGGUCCGCCGAUCGCCCAGCCUGGCGCCGGCCGAGUUUUCGCCCUUCCGCCGGCACAGCUCCAUGGAGGCCACAAUUGCCGAGGAAUUCUGCCACGCCGCGCUGGCCGAGCUCCGGAUCAUCUUCCAUCCAUCGGCCGACCGGCCGCCUGGCCUCGAUGAGCCGGACGAUGCCGGGCGCCUGGCUGGGAUUCUGGCCGAGCUGGCGGCCAAGGGCGGGGAGCUUGGCAGCCCGCUGGCUGCCUUCGCCCCGGUGGCCGACCGCGACCUCCCGGCCCUCUGCCUGACCGACUUGUCAUACGUAUACCAGUAUCUGCUGCACCCGGGCGGGCUGCCACCCUCGCGGGCCAACUACCCGGCACUGUCGGCCACGGCCGCCGCCACCACCACCACCACCACCGGUGCCUCUCCUCCGCCAGCGCCCACGGCCAAACGAGCCACAUCGGCCGGCUCCACCGCGUCGGAGCCCAAGACGACCGGGGCCAAGCGCCAACGGACGUCCUCUGCCGCCGGUCACGCCUCGGCUGGCAGUCGCCGCGGGAGUGGUGCCACCGCUUGAUAAUCUGCUGAUGUAGAACCGUCAAUAUAUCGCGUCCCGUGAUUUCCC